AUGGGUAUUUCACCGAAAAUUAAGGCUUUGAUAGAUUUAAUAACUAUUGGAGCAUUGUUGCUUAACGCAUUUGUUUAUUUCUAUCCAGAUAUUCUUAACAGUACCGAGCAAUGUAAUUGGCAUGGAGCUCCUAAUUUAAAGUCAAAAUAUUCCUUCGUGAAUGAAUAUUUAUCACCUGAAUGGGUUAAUAAGUUGGUGCUAAACUUACCUCAACUUAGAGAAAAAGAAUAUGAUACUGAAAAUAAAGAUAUUCAUAUGUUAUUGUUUGGCGAUCCUCAAAUCAACGGGAACUGGCCUCUGACUAAGUAUAUCAAAAGAUUGGAUAACUAUGGAAAUGAUUAUUAUUUGGGUCAUAUUUAUUCUACUAUGAAGAGUAGAUUAAAUCCUUCUCAUGUCACUGUUAUGGGAGAUUUAUUUUCAAGUCAAUGGAUUUUAGAUUCUGAAUUCUACAACCGUACAUAUAGAUACGUCGAAAGAUUGUUUCCUCAACCUUUAGAGUAUAAACAAAAUGUUCUUUCUGUACAUAGUGAACAUAAAAAUUAUGAUUGGCAAAAAUGGUCAAGAGAUGAACAAGCAUUGGACCCAGCUGAACGUUUCCAGUCUCGUGUAUAUAAUGAUGUUUAUGAUUGGAUUUAUCAAAAUAGAUCAACUCCAAAUUAUGAUCAACCUUUAUUUAUUAAUUUGACUGGUAAUCAUGAUAUUGGAUAUAGUGGAGAUGCAACUUGGCAACACAUGGCUAGAUUCCAUUUAUUAUUUGGACAAAAUAAUUAUGUCAUUAACUAUAAUAAAGGUACCCCUGAAGAAUGGAGAAUUGUUGUUUUGGAUUCUUUAACUUUAGAAGGUCCAGCUUUACAAGAAGAAUUUGUAAACUACACUUGGUCAUUCUUGGAAAAUUUACGUGAUAAAGAAAAUCCAAAUUUCAAAGGUUCUACUAUUCUUUUAACACAUGUUCCAAUGUACAAAAUUGAAGGAUUGUGUCGUGAUGGACCUGAACAUAGAUACUAUGAAAACUACGAAAAAGAACCUUACAAGAAUGGUAAAUUAAGAUCUCAUAAUCAUUUAGCUUAUGAUACCACUCAAAGGGUUAUGGAUAUUGUUUUCCCAAAUAAAGAUAAGAAUGGUAUGAUAUUUACUGGACAUGAUCAUGAAGGUUGUGACGAUUGGUAUAAUUAUAUCAAUGGAGAAUGGGUUGCUUCUAAGGAUAAAAUCUCUAAAGAACGUGAAUCAGUUCGUGAAAUUGUUGUUCGUUCAAUGAUGGGUGAAUACAAUGGUGAAACAGGUAUUUUAACUGGUCAUUUUAAUCAAGAACAAGAUACUUGGGAUUUCAAUUUUAGUUAUUGUACAUUUGCUAUACAACAUUGGUGGUGGGCUAGUAAAGUAGCCAUUUUAAUUGCUAUUUUAUUACAAUCAAUUGCCAAAAUCGCUGGAGGUGUAUAA